GCCCGCGCCUCCGUGGCUCUUUUUGCAGCUGUCAUCUUCUACCUCCUCCUUGCUCUGUCCUGGCUGCAAAGGUGUGUUCCACCGCAACUAGCCUGCCUCCCCGCCGUUUCCAUCCAGUUUUUCUCGAUGUUCCUCUCCGCCAUCGCCUUUAUCAAACAAAGUAGUCGUUGCUCUGGAAACAAAAACUCAGUUCUUGUCACACAGGCGAAGAAAAAAUCGAAUGGUGGUCGCCUGUCGAGUCCUCAGCCCUCGGGGCAGCUGCGGGAACAGUCGCGUUGGCAGCCUGAUUCUUCCAGCUUUGUUUGGAGCCCAGCCGUUCAGCUGGAUGACUGCCUGGCCUCCUUCUUUGCGGAGGACGAACUAAGCGGCGAGAAUCAGUACUUCUGUUCGCGGUGUGCAAAGAAACAGAAUGACAAUAUUGAACCGCUGCGGAUGCAGGUAGACUCCCUGCUCUCGGAUCUUUCGCUUUCACCUUCGAUGGGGAAUCCUGUGUGGAUCGACCGUCGAUGGGUAGCUCGUUUCACUAACUUCUCUGACCCCGGGCCGGUCAACAAUGAGGACUUCCUGUGCAGCCACGGUUACUUUAAGCCCUUGUUGUGGGAACACAGAGAUGAACUUGUCUUCCAGAUUCCAAUGAAAGUCUGGAAUCUUUUAAUUGAACGAUUCGGGGGAGGACCGAUGGUACGGACGCUGGAAAUGUGCGCAGCUUGCGCGUCCACACUUCAAGCUCUCGAUGAGCGUAGGCAGUACGAGAGGGCUGAAUAUAUACGGAUUCAGAAACUUCCCUGCACGUCCAAGUGUGUUAUCAGUUCAAAGUGGUUCCGUUCUUGGAUCAACUUUGUGGAGGGUCAUCAAAUCAAUCCUCCUGGCCCAAUUACCAACUUGGAUGUCCUGGAGCCUGUGCCGUCCUCGGACUCAAAAUCUCCUCCUGUCUACCAAUUUCGCCGGGGCUCUGCUUGGGAACUCAUUCCUAUAGGAUGUUGGGAUCUCUUGGCUAAGAGCUAUGGUGGCGGACCGGCCUAUAUAGGGCCCCAGAUCUCCUCAUCUCCGUCGACUGGAACCGUGGAGGAUGAUGAAGGAGAUGAGGAGGAUGAUGAUGAUAGGGGAGCUUGGCAUCAAACUCGUCCGGGAGAGGAUGGUGUCUUCUUGCUUGGAGCAAACCAGUCAAGCACUGAACAACCGGAACCUAUGGACAUCAGCACACCCUCGUCCUUGUCUAAUGGCGAGGAAGAGAUGGAGGACAGCCAGUUAUCCAGUUUCCUCUUUUCCAAAGAUGAAAUAACUGCGGAAGCCACCGCCACCAGCCCUCUCUUAUCCUCAUCAUCCGGAUACUCGUCGGAAAUCCUCUCAAACCCUGUGAUCACCCUUACUGAUUGUGGCGAAGCUUGCCACGUUCUAUCAAAAGUGGUCGCAAAUUUGUUUGAUUGA